CCGAGAACUAUUCGUGGGGUACAAGCGGGAGUAUGGCCGGCUCGUCUGGGCUUUACUCAACGUCAGCGACGAGCCCAGCAGUAGCAGCAGCAACAAGAAUGUCGUGGCGGUCAUCGGCCACAGCGGCACCGGGAAGACCACGAUCGCUCGGCGGGCAUGGCAUGACAAGAGCAUCAACAACAAGCACUUCGAUCUGAUGGUGUGGGCGAGCGUUCCAUACAUGUUCACCCAGACCGAGCUGUUGACUGAGAUCUGGAGGUCCAUCCCCGGAUCAAGCGGCGUCGACGAGAAGUGCCCCGCCACGGAGAUGAGCUUCGGCAUGCUCCAGCAGGCGGUCCAAGGGCUGGUCGCCUCUAGGAGGUACCUUCUAGUGCUCGACGACGUGUGCAACGACGAGUCGGGCCAUGGCCAGACGGAGAAGAUGAGGACAACUUGGGAGGACGUGCUAGCCCCGUUCAGGGACGGAGGCAACGGGAGCAGGAUCCUGGUGACGUGCCGAGCUACCAUCUGCGCCAAGGUGCUCGGUGCCGGCACCAAGAUCACGCUGAAUGGGCUCGGCGCCGACGACCUCGUCCUGGUGCUCAAGAAAAUCGCGUUCGGUGACGCCCAAAAAAAAACUCCGCCUCUCGACGAUGUGAUCAGGAGCGUCGCGGAGCAGCUGAGGGGCUCGCCGUCGGCGGCCAAAACUGUCGUCGACAUGAUGAAGAACAGACACCGGAAGAAAGACUGGAAGAAACUCUUGGAGAAGGCAGGAUCCUGGUACUGCGGCGCCGGCCUCGCCAGCGAAGCUCCUCUUGCCUGCGCCGCCGGCGCGUCCACCUACAGGAAUCUGCCUCAGCACCUGCGGUCUUGCCUGGGGUUCUGCAGCAUGUUCCCUGACAAAUGGGAGUUCGAACCUGAAACGUUGGUCAAGAUGUGGAUAGCACAUGGCAUCAUAUGCGGUGACCACGGGCAGAGCAUGGAGGGUGUCGGGAGAGAAUACGUCGGAGAGCUGCAGAAAAGGUCCAUGCUCAAAACCAUCUCCAGGGAUGGCAGGGCGACAUGCUUUGUCAUCCAUGACCAGGUCCAUUCGAUGCUCAUGUCAGUCUGCGCGACCGAGUUCUUCAGAUUAAGCAACGAUGAUCUUAUUAGAAGAAGGGGUAACAUCCCGGCAAGUGUUCGACACCUAUCGCUGACCGGCGGAGGUUGCCUGGCCCUGGCUCAGCUCAAGGAUGACCCCGUGCUGAAGAAGCUGAGGACAUUGCUAGUCUUCGAUGAUGGCCGAUCAAGCUCGAGUACUGCUGUUUUCGCCAUUGACAACCAUGUACUGAAGCAGCUCAAGGCCAUCACAGUGCUAGACUUUGCCGGCACACGCAUCACCGAGUUGCCGAAAGCCGUCGGCAAGUUGAAGCACCUGCGGUACCUAGGCCUGCCUGACUCCGCCAAGAGCCUUCCCGCCGCGGUUACCAAGCUGCUGCACCUACAGACACUGUCUCUCGGCAAAGACUGCAAGCUUGAUGAAGACCAUGGGUUCCCGGGCGAUGGCAUGAGUAACUUGGUGAACCUGCGGCACCUCGACAUGGACAUGAAGUACGUUGCGAUGAUACGUCGUAUCGGGAGGCUGGAGAGAUUCCAGGGGUCCGUCGAGUUCUGUGCCGACAGGGGAAAGGGCCAUGGCAUGGAAGAGCUUGCAGGCAUGGACUCCCUCCACGGCACGCUCACCGUGAAGGGUCUUCAGGCCGUCGCCGGCAAAGAAGAAGCUCAGAAGGCUCAGCUUGGGAAGAAAGAAUCUCUUAAGACCCUGAAGCUGGAAUGGGAGCUCCCCAAGCUGGGGGGACGAACUUGCUCCACCUCCACAGACUCACAGGAGCAAGUCCUGGAGGGGCUCCAGCCAAAUGGUAGGCUCCAGGAGCUGCGCAUCCAGAGGUACCAGGGCACAUCGUCGCCUGGCUGGCUGGGGAGCAACCUGCUGACGAGCCUGAGCCACCUGAUUCUCAUAAACUGCAGGAACUGGCAGGCGCUGCCAUGCCUGAGCCAGCUUCCUGAUCUCAGAAUGCUGCACCUCAAAGAGAUGUACGCCAUUGCUCGAAUCGACCACAAACUCUACGGCGCCGGCGUGCUCCGCUCGCUGGAGAAACUGGUGCUCGAUGACAUGCCCAAUUUGAUCGAGUGGAGCGCCGAUUCGACUGAGGACAAAUUUCCUCGCCUCCAGGAGAUACUCAUACUCAACUGCCCCAGACUGGCCAAGCUGCCCCGGGUGCCGGCCACCGUGAAGAACAUGAGAAUAGAGAAGGACAAUAGCUCCUACUACCUAGACAUGGCCUUCUCCCCCAAAUCCAGCUCCUUCACGCUGGAUGUACACGGGGAGGCCGUCCAGCUGCUGCAGCAGGACUUGCUGCACCAAGAUCACGCGCUGGCGGUCAGAGCCUUGAGCAUCAGCAAGUACGCAGGGGAGACGGACGUGAACGUCAAGCUCCUCUCUUCAGUGCGGAGCCUCUCGCUGAGCCGAUGCGUGGUGACGGACAGGCUGCUGGGGGUGUUCUUCCUGAACCUCCAGUCCCUGGAGAAACUGCGGAUAUCGGACUGCGGCGAGGUCCGUACAUUCCCGGAGUACGCCAUGCCGCCGUCGUUGAAAUCCAUCGAGCUGAAUGGAUGCCACCCGAAGCUCGCGGAGAAGCUGCGUGGCAGCGCUAGGAUCUGUUCCAUCCCCAGGGUACACAUUUGCUGAUUGAUUUUUUGGUGUGGACUGUGUACUAGUGUAGUCUGAGAGGAUUUUGAUUCAUAAUACCUCGUACAACUUUGCUAAGUCUCAACUGAGACUUCGUUGGUGCUA